AUGUUCUUGCAGAUACUCGUGAUAGCCGUAGCAACAGCGGUCGUUCAUGGAAUUACCGGUGGCAUCGGAGGAUUAGGAGCACUCGGUGGAUUAGGAGGACACGGAUUAGGCCUCGCUGGAUUAGGAAAACACCACGAUAUCUACGUUCCUCAACCUUACGAUUACGGAUAUCACGUGAAGGCCAAGGAUAGCGAUCACUAUCGUCAAGAGAAGGGAGACGGAAAGGGUGGUGUUGUAGGCAGUUACGGAUACAAGGAUAAGAAAGGUGUCUACCGACAGGUUAAUUACAUAGCCGACAAAUUUGGUUUCCGUGCUGUGGUUAAAACCAACGAGCCGGGUACUUCAAACCAGAAUCCCGCUCACGCAGACUUUCAUCACGAGCAUCCUCCCCCACACGCCUACGCUGAUAAAGGUUAUCAUCAUCAUCUGGGUCAUCUUGCGGGUCUCGCACAUCACGGAGGACACGGUCUAGGUGCUCUCGCUGGUUUGGGUGCACUCGCAGGACACGGCUGAAUGCAAUUAUGAAGCGUGAUCCGUGCACGCAAUCGAGCAUCACGAACAAAACGUAUUUGCAUUUUUAAGCAAACU